GAUACCAACUUAGAGGUACGAGACUUGUAUAAAUUCGCUACUUCCAUCUCUCUCACAAACCAAGAGUCCCUCCCUCCCCUGCAAUACCAACAUAGUUAUUGAUUACUCGUCCCAUCUUAAAGCUAUCAAGUUUUUAUUUAUUAGUAUCAAUGGCAGCAGCAAAUAAUAUUGGCAAAUCCAAGACAGGUGACGGUGAUGAGGCAAUCAAGAUGCCAAGAGACCAAGUUUUGGAGAUCGGCAAAGACAAGAAUGUUGAUUUUGGAUUGGAGAGGCAUGAAUGGAGGCCAGUUUUUUAUGAAGCUUCCAUGUCUAAAAGGCCUACCAAGAAGAUACGUAGCCCUGAACGUGAAGCCUCUUUUCAAUUCUCAGCUUCUUUACCUCAUCAAUCGUCUUCUUGCUCUGUUUCAUCCGAUGCUUCAUUCCAACCAUCUAGACUGGUUUUGCCUUAUGCUUUUGAUGCAUCUCAGCAGCCAAUGUACUUAUCCCAACAAUACGGAAAUAAUCCAACUCUCCUGCCAUUACCGCAACAUCAGCAACAUAUGGUUUCCUUUACGCCUCAGCAGCAACAUGAUGGUGUUUACCAGCCAAUGUUUUCAGGAGAAUCAUCCCUACCGCCUCAGCAACUUGUUCAGUACUGGAGUAAUGUAUUGAAUCUGAGUCCGAGAGGGAGCUUAAUGAUGAUGAGCAGGCUGGGGCAGAAUCGUAGACAAUUGCUUAGGUCGCCUGUGCAACCGAUAAAUGCUACUAAGCUUUACCGGGGAGUAAGGCAGAGGCAUUGGGGCAAAUGGGUAGCUGAAAUUCGUCUUCCUCGAAACAGGACUCGUCUUUGGCUUGGCACAUUUGAUACGGCUGAAGAAGCUGCCUUAGCCUAUGAUCGCGAAGCAUUCAAGCUUAGAGGAGAGAAUGCAAGGCUCAAUUUCCCGGAGCUUUUCGUCAAUAAGGAUAAAGUUACGUCCACAGCCCCAAGUUCACCGGUUUCGUCUCCACAGACUCCCCAUCAAAGUUCAAAGCCAAACCAGACUCAGAACCUCCCACAACAAGAACCUGAAGAAGACCAAGAUUUGCAGUCUGUAGAAAUGGAAACGGUGCGGCCACCUGAAGGAGAUAAUCCUGACAGUGGUUCAGGGAUGACAACAGAGGGUUUUGGAGCAGAAGGCGUUUGUGGUUGUGAGGAAAUGGAGUGGGGAGCCAUGGCAGAGGCUUGGUUCAAUGCAAUUCCAGCAGGUUGGGGACCUGGUAGUCCUGUUUGGGAUGAUUUAGAUACCACAAACAAUCUACUUUUUCCUUCAAAUCUUCCUUUCACCCAUCAAAAUCAAAACCUGCUGGAUUCUGAUCUCUCAAAACAACACAAUUCUGCUUCUUCACCUUCUUGUCCAAUGAAACAUUUCUUUUGGAAAGAUGAAGAUUAAUAGGUGAAUUAUAGGAUCAAUUUUCUUUUAGUGGUAAACCCAUUCUUUGCCGGUGUGCAUGUUUGCAUGGCUAAGGAGGUUUUUAGAUCAAACUAUGACGUUUUGUUUCACAGGAUUUUUGGAGCAAUCAACCUCAUGCUUUUCACCAGUACAGGAUAAGCACAGACAAAAACAUGUUUCAAAUUUCACAUUUUAUACUUUGUUUGUCCCUUUGGAAAUGAAUUCAGCAAAUUUGCAGCAUCGCUUCCCCUAAUAAAACACAAUCGUUAGUUA